AUGGCGACGAGAGAAAAUUAUCGCCACUUGAAAAAUUUCUGCGGCGACAAUUGCGAGAUUUCGAACAUUCUUCUUCAGAAGAACUCUGCUACAUUUUUUGACAUUCAGGGAAAGCAGAAUGUUAUCACCAUCACUCCAGUCGGCGAGGAUUUCACUGGAGAUCUUGAACUUUUCACGGCUUUUUAUCACAUUGAAAGUGUGAUUCUUUGUGGAAGGCUUGAUGAUUCGACUAGGUGUUAUCGUAUUAAUAAAGCCCUUGAUCCUGAUUCAUUGGAACGUUUUGAAGGACUUGAACCGCUGAUCUUUCCUUUCUCAGACUUCGUCAUCAAGUCUGAUGAUGGAAAAGUGCUCCUACUGGAAAAGGACAUUUACGGCUUCAACAUGUUUCUAGCGGAGAACAACUCGAUAUUGUGGAAAAACUCAUUUUCCGUAGGAGAUCAGGUCCUGGCAACGUAUGAGUCAGCGCGUAAUCACGCUAGCUACAUAAUUUCAUCAGACAAGAACGAAGGGAUGAUCACGAACUAUUGUCAAAACGACGCAGGAAUCAACAAGACGCCUCCCGAAGAAAAUCUCAUGUGCUCGUCCUGCGUUUCGUAUAAGCUUUCCUGCUGCAGCAAACACUCUGGCCUUUGUUCUUCUGAAAUUCUCUCGACAACGAAACACGAAGAUGCGAUCUACUCAGUUUUCAAGUUUGGCAAGAACUCGAGGUUGUGCAAGACUUCUCUGGAGAAAAUCGACGAAGAGUUUCUUUCACAAAAUCAACGAUAUUGCUAUUCCACCUCUUGUGAUACCAUGUCUCCCUCCCCGAAAGAAAUGGGCAAGACCAUCAAAAUAGCUGAAAGUAUUUGUGAAGAUUCUGACAUUGUUUUUGCUGACUGCAGCGCUCCACAAGUCAGACUGUUUAGUCGAGAGUACAUGACUCUUGUUAACUCUGGACUCAAAACUGACAAGACCCUUUUCAUGGAAGAAGUUGGUGCUCUUGUUGGAACUCCCAGCUCUUUGGUCAUUUCAACAGAUGAUGCAGGCGCUAAGAUCGUUUCUUUGUUGGAAAAUAAUGUUGUUCGACGGGGAUAUUUGCGAUCUGAUGGAUUGACCAUGGUCGACGAUAAAUCUUUUGAUGAAAAUAUCGUCCUCAUCGAAGAAGUUGCAUCUGGUCUGGCUUUCAAUGUUGAAGAACAGGAGCUUAUUUCUCUUGAAGAAUGCCAUCUUCCAAAAGAAACUUCAUGUUUGAAGUGCCAAGAAGGAAUCGGCUGUCAGUGGAGCGAUGGCGAAUGCAGAACAGUAUCUUCUAUCGUCGAAAAUCAGACCUGUCCGGCUCUAGGGCUCUUAGAUUUUCUGGAAUCUAAGAAUUUCUACAAAGGAGAGAGGCCGAGACCUUCAUCACUUAUGAAAUAA